AAAAAACAUCAACACUUUAGAAUGUUUUCAACCAAAAUGCAAUUUCAAAUGUGAAAUUGAUAAAAAAAUUCUUCAAAAUAAUUUUUCAUCUAGUCUUAAUAAUAAAUUAAUUUUAAAAGAAUAUGUGAAUAUUUUGAUAGAGCAUUAUUCAAGAGAUCAUAUUAUUCAAUAUCAAAAAUUUAAAGAUCAUGUUAUUAUUAGAAAUGCAAAUCAUUAUUUAUAUGAUAGAUUAUAUUUUGAUAAUAGAAAUAAUCUUCGAUUAGCAUAUAAUGGUAUUAAAAAAUCAGGAAGAAGACCGGCACCGUUGAGUAAUGAUGAAAGAAAAAAUAGAAAUGUAAUAGCUCAAAGACGUCACCAGGAUAAAAUACAAAAAUAUUUGAAUGCAUUAGAAGAAGAAUGUGAAUCAAAUAGAAAUCUGGAAGAAAAUGUGAAAAAAAUGAAAUUGGAAAAUGAACAUAUGAAAAAAGAAUUGGAAAAUUAUUUAAAACAAAUUGAAGAUUUGAAAAGAAAUAAUGAAAUAUUGAAUUAUCAAGAUGCUAAUAAUGAAUUUGUUGAAUAUAAUAAAGAAAUGAUGAAAGAGAUCGAAAAAUUGAAAAAUCAAAUUAACAAACGUGAUGAAGAAUUAGAUCGAAUUAAAAUUGAAAACGAAGAGUUGAGAAAACGAAUUGAUGAAAAUGUUACGAAUAACGAAAUGUUGAUUGAAAAUAUCGGAUUAACAAGUAUUGAUGAAAAUGUUAUGAAUAACGAAAUAGUGAUUGAAAAUAUUGGAUUAAUGAACGAAAUGAUUAACGAAGAUUGGAAAAUAUUUCCAUGCGAUUUUAAACCAGUUCUUUAUGAAGAAAAUAUUGAAGAAAAUAAAGAUUUGUUAAAUACUUCAUUAAAUAUUAGUAAUUUAUAUAAUUUAGAUAAUCAAAUUAAUUUUGAAGAAUUUACUAAUACGAUGAGGAUGAUGAAUAUAAUUAACAACGAUCUAUUUCAAUUAUAA